ACAAAACUGCCAAAUUCUCCUGAGAAAUUUUAAAAAGUCUUCUCUCUAUUGAUCGAGCCUUGUUUUGUCUACUUGCUUUUGUAAUUUAUGCAGGCUCGUUAUCAUCAAUGACACAAUCAUUUUGUCUGAACUUUCUCUGAUCUUUUAAAAGACUGCUCCCUUUCAUAUAGGCUUGGACAAGAAUUAUCAACUUCUGCAGAGAUGGAUUUUAUCAGUGCUAUCUUUUACAUAGCUGCAGCAGCAGCAGCUUUGGCUGUUGUUGCACUAGUUUCAUCUUUGUUAAUCAGAAUCUUCGUUGGAAAAUCCAUCAGGAAUGGAGACUACCCUCCUGUGGUUGGGACUGUUUUUGAUCAGCUGUUCUACUUGAAUAGGCUGUAUGACUACCAAACUGAGAUGGCCAAGAAGCAUAAAACUUGGAGGCUUCUAGCUCCGGAUCAGAGUGAGGUGUACACGGCUGAUGCGCGAAACGUGGAGUAUAUUCUCAAGUCCAAAUUCUACAACUUCAACAAGGAGCAGUACAAUCAAGACAUCAUGGGGGAUUUGUUUGGGCAAGGGAUCUUCGUGGUGGAUGGAGACAAGUGGCGCCAGCAGAAGAAGCUCGCGAGAUUUGAGUUCUCGACCAGAGUGCUGAGAGACUACAGCUGCUCGGUGUUCAGGCAGAAAGCGGAGAAACUGGUGAAGACAGUUCAAGAAUUCUCCAAACACAACCUGUCUUUUGAUGUGCAGGCUUUGCUGAUGAGAUACACCCUUGAUUCGAUAUUCACUGUUGGUUUUGGAGUCGAUCUGAACUGCCUAGAGGAGUCGAAUGCAGAAGGGAAUGAGUUCAUUAAGGCCUUUGAUGACUCGAAUGAAUUGGUGUAUAGGCGUUAUGUAGAUCCGAUAUGGAAGAUAAAGCGAUACCUCAACAUAUGUGGAGAAGCAACCUUGAAGAAGAACAUCGGUCUCAUCCAUAGCUUCGUGGACAGAGUGAUCAGGACUAAAAGAGAACAGAUGGAGAAGGAACAAAAUGAUAAUGUGAAGGACUUGCUUUCUAGAUUUCUGGUGGAGAGCAAGAAGGAUCCCGAGACGAUGAACAAUCAGUACUUGAGGGAUAUUAUCCUCAGCUUCAUGGUUGCUGGGAAAGACACCACAGCCAACGCUCUUUCUUGGUUUCUUUACAUGCUCUGCAAGAAUACACUUAUCCAAGAAAAAAUUGCACAAGAAGUGAGGAAAUUCUGUUCAAGAAAUGAUGCUACUGUUAGUGAAUUUGUUGAGAGCAUCACAGAUGAAGCGCUUGACGAAAUGCAUUACCUUCACGCAACCAUAACCGAGACCUUGAGGCUGUACCCUGCAGUUCCAGUGGAUGGGAGGUGUGCUGAAACGGACGACACUCUGCCGGAUGGCUACAGACUGAAAAGGGGAGACGGUGUUUACUACAUUGCGUAUGCAAUGGGGCGCAUGCAGUAUAUCUGGGGGGACAAUGCAGAGGAGUUCAAACCGGAGAGAUGGCUCAAAAAUGGGGUGUUUCAGCCUGAGUCGCCAUUCAAAUUUGUGGCAUUCAACGCUGGCCCUCGGACGUGUCUGGGGAAGGAUAUUUCCUAUCGACAAAUGAAGAUCGUAUCAGCAGCACUACUUCGCUUCUUCAGGUUCAGAUUGAGUGAUGAGAGCAACAUAGUGACGUACAGAACCAUGCUCACACUUCAUAUCAGCGGAAGUCUCAACGUUUAUGCAGAACCAAGAACAAACUUGUUGAAGAACUGAGAUGUGAGAUUCUACAGGCUUGAUUUACAUUAUGGAAAAAAGAAAAGAAAAGAAAAGAAA